AUGAAGAAUCUAGGUCUAUUGUCUGCCUUAGCCCUAAUAGGAUGCGCUGUGGCUGCUCCUCCAGGAGGUUAUCCACUCAGCAUCACCGAAUACUAUAGAGAUGCCAAAUUGGAUCAUUUUUCAAGUGGGGGAAACUCUGGAACUUUUAAAAUGAGAUACCUAGUGGACGCCCAAUAUUGGAAUCCCUAAAGUGGACCAAUUCUCUUCUAUGCAGGAAAUGAGGGUGAUAUCAUGGGUUUCUAUCAAAAUUCUGGAUUCAUGACUACAGUACUUGCUCCAUAAUAUGAAGGCUUGAUCGUCUUUGGAGAGCACAGAUACUUUGGAAAGAGCUUUCCAUUCGAUAAAUCUGUGGCUUUUGAUAAAGAUCAUAAUCAGUACCUUACAGUUGAACAAACUAUGAUGGAUUACAAUGAACUUAUCCAUGAAAUCAGAUAUCAGUAUGGUGCAAUGGAUAAACCAUGCAUAGUAUUUGGAGGCUCCUACGGUGGAAUGUUGGCUUCAUGGCUAAGAAUGAAGUUCCCACAAACCUUCUAAGGUGCUUAUGCAUCAUCUGCUCCCAUCUUAUAUUUCCAAGGUACACCAGGCUUUAAAGAGUCAGCCUUCGGAGAUGUAAUUACUCAAGACUACGCAAAAGCUAAUGCCAAUUGUCCAAAGAUCAUUCAAGAAGGAUGGGGAUAUAUCAAUGCUAUCUAAAAGAAAUUAGAUCCAUAAGAAUUAACAGAUCUCAGUACAAUCAUGAACACAUGUGCUCCUCUAAAGACAUCCUCAGACAUUGAUAACUUGUACAAUCAUUUAAUGAAUGGAUUCUCUUAUAUGGCAAUGACUGACUAUCCUUAUGAAACCAGUUUCCUAAACCCAAUGCCAGGAAAUCCAGUUCAAGUUGCAUGCGAUUAAUUAAAAGAUAUUGUUUACCCACCUCCUUCUUCAGAUUCAGUCAAGGAUUCUAAAGGUUUACCAGAUAGAUAAAAGACUGUACUGUAGGGAUUGCUCAAUGCUGCAAACAUCUACUUUAACUAUAAGCCACCUUUCAAAUGCACUAAUACUAGUGAUGUGGAUGGUACUGGCUAACUAGAUGGCGCUGGUUGGGAUGUCCUUGCUUGCAACUAACUUGCUAUGCCUACUACCAAUGGAGCUAGUUCAAUGUUCAAUGUAAAUGACCCAUUUGAUUACAAAGCAUACUCUGCUGAUUGCUUAAAGAAAUACGGACUUACUCCUAGAUACUAAUGGGUGUGGGACUUCUUUGGUGGUUUGAAUGUUGAUCUUGACUUCCAUUCUCACUCUAACAUAAUCUUUACAAAUGGAGAUCUAGAUCCAUGGUACACUGGUGGAGUCACUAAUCCAAUUAAGAAAAAUGACAAGAUCACAGUUAUUUUCAUGACCGGCUCAGCUCAUCAUCUUGAACUCAGAGCUCCAAAUGACUUGGAUCCAGUUGAUGUUAAAAAUGCAAGAACUCAAAUUGCUGCCAAAAUCAAGGAAUGGUGCGAUGAAUACUUCCCACCUCCUCCAAAGCCCUCUGCUUAACAAUUCAUCCAAUGA